AUGGCAGCUGGAGUGCUUACGAAAGGUAAAUUUUAUUUACAUUAUACAAUCAAUUAAUAUAUUUUCGUUAUGAUUAUGACAGGAAAUAGAUGUUGCAUCUCUUUUGCUACCUUGCCAGACUGUACAACCUAUGCUCGUUUUUAAUUGGCCGACAAUUCAAUUACACAACCAAUGCUAAACACAACCAACGCUAACUGGCUAACGUUGGCUAGCAGUAGCAUCACACAUCCAAAUCAAGUUGGAUGGUCAACGUUACAAUGUAAUGUUUUGAAUGUUGUAGCUUGCUACUGUCUUUAUCGUCUGACUGCUAGCUAACUGACUAUGCUGGUGGGUUUCUUGUAGGUUUGUGCGGGUUCCGCCAGCCCCGGAUUGUUGCAGCCGGAUCCUCCUGUAGUAGACUGCUCUAUGCGACUGCUGCAGCAGUCAAAACACUCCCUUUGCAAACUGACAGCACAGGUAGGUAGAGUUGUCAGUGACACGUACUGUUUGCUAUCUUACAGUUGUUAUAGCUAUGGAUAUUUAGUUUAACACGCAUUCACAACGCUUCUCUACAAUCACAAAGAACUAACUUCUCAAUUGUUUUUAUAGCUGUCACUGGCAAGAUCCAGAACCUGCCUCUUGAAACGCCAGAUUUCUUCCGCUUGUCAGAACUCUUCUCCUUGAAAGAUCUAUUUGAUGCCAGAGUGCACCUUGGACACAAGAAAGGUUGCAGACACAGGUUGGAUGGCUUUGAUUUUCAUAGUUCAUCUGACAGUUAUUUGUUGCACAUUGGGUUACGUUCUCAUUGUGGUUCGUAUUGUCCUUAUCUAACCUCUUGCAUCAGAGUAAAGUAGAAUAAAGUAAAACCAGCUGGAUUAUCUUCAUAGGGCAACAUGCCUUGCAGGUUUCAUAUACAGAGACAGACAACAUACUGUAGGUAUGAACAGGAGCACAUUGUCACACAAACAUUGAUCUUGAUUCUCUCUCUCAUUCCCUCCCUCUCUACUAGGCUGAUGGAGCCCUACCUGUUCGGCAGUCGUCUGGACCAGGACAUCAUCGACCUGGACCAGACAGUGGAGCACCUCAAUAGCGCCCUGAACUUCACCGCCCACAUCGCCUACCGCGGCGGCGUCAUCCUCUUCGUCUCCCGCCGCCGCCAGUUCGGCCACCUGGUGGAGAGCACGGCAGGGGACUGCGGAGAAUAUGCCCACACACGCUACUGGCAAGGUGGUCUGCUCACCAACGCCCCCAUCCAGUACGGUUCGGGGGUCCGGCUGCCUGACCUCAUCGUCUUCCUCUCAACGCUCAACAACGUCUUCCAGCAGCAUGUGGGGGUCCGCGAUGCGGCCAAGAUGAAUAUACCCACAGUGGGGGUGGUGGACUCUAACUGCAACCCCAGCCUGGUGACAUACCCGGUGCCUGGGAAUGAUGACACACCGGCCGCCAUGGAGCUGUACUGCCGCCUCUUCAAGAUGACCAUCAACAGGGCCAAGGACAAGAGAAGGCAGAUGGCGCUGCUGCAGGGUCUAUCGCCAGCAGGCCUCACACCGGGCUCCUCGUGA